AUGCAUAUUCUCGUUCUUUCUCUACUUUACCUCCUCUCCGGCGUCCUGGCUUCUCCUCAAGGCGGGCCAUUGAGCGGCCUCUGUGGCAUCCCCUUCCUCGAGUCCAUUACUUGCGUCAACGGCGGUAUCAUCGGCUCAAACCUGCCCAUCAAAGACCUUACCUGCAAGUUCACACUCGCAGCCACCAGUGUCGGUGGUCCCAAUACUCCAUACGCAAUCCAAGCGUCCGAUCCCUCAGAUCCCUCAGUCAUGGGGUUCGGCAUCGCCGGCCAGACUCUGGACUUCGAGAUACACAGGGGCGUUCUUUCGUCGCUAAACGGCGUUCUUCGUGCAACGCCAGCUAGUGAAACCAGUGAAAAGUUCAGUGUUGCGAACGGAGGUAUUGUCCCGGAUUUGGCGAUCAAGUAUAAGUGUCUGAAGGACCUGCCGACUUUGAUUGUAGUGCCCGAGGCAGGAGAAUUCUUCGCAAUCGAUCCGAGAGAUAAGGGAACUUAUGAUGAGGGAUCCUGGUAUUCUGCUGCACUAGGAGAACCAGACCAAUAUCACAAUUUCAAGGAGAUCGAUGUUAUGGUCAGCCUCAUCUAUUCCUAG